AUGAGACCCGCACGCCAGGGUGACCUGCAGAGCCUCACAUUACAGGAACAGGACGUAGUCGUCAGUAAAAGCUCUGAGAACCAUGAAAUGCUUAUAAUGGUACCAGAGAGGAACCAGAUUAAAGCUGCGUCCCUGCGAACCGUCUCCCAGGCAGAACCAGGUCCGGACGCCUCGCCAGGCUCUGCUGCCUCCCCACCGGGCCGGCCUCCGUCCUGCCGCGUCAGCGAAUCCCACCCUGAAUGCAUCGGAUACGACGUGACGUCGGUGGGCGUGUUCCGACCGGCUUCCCGGCCCGGAAAAAUGGAGGUUCUCACAUUGGUACUCGUGUUCGCCACCGUUCCUGGAUUUUCCUCCGUGUUGAAUCUCAGACCGAUUCUGAUGGAGGUGCGCGGACUCAGCGGCAUGAAAGCGGGUGUUUCCAUAUCAGCAGAAGUGAACGAAACCCUGGAACCCACAGAGACCGAAGCAUUUACUCCAGAGACGAACGCCAUCAAGUCUGGCGAGAAAACUGCAGAGGAAAGAAAGAGAGAAGAUGGGCGUACGUCUAAAACGACAAACGUUGGAGAAAUCCAGGACAGAGACGAAGGAUAUCGGAGAAGUAGUGAGGAGACGCUGAUUCCUGAGACGUCAGAAUCGGUGAAGGAGGAGAGAGAACGGAAGCUGGUUGCAGGGAUUCACCUUCACGAGGCAAGAGGAGACACUUACGAGGUUGAAAAGAUACCAACAUUAACCCGAGAAAGAGAAGAAGAAGCAGGAAAAGUGGAAGAAAUAAUAAAGAUAACACAUAAUGAUAAUCAUAUAGAGGUGAGGAGUCUGACAGAAGAAGAGCGGAACCCUGGCAUUGGUUCAGAGGACGUAACGGUCCGAGAGGUUUCCGUGAAGCCAGCAGAGAGAGGAGUAAACACCACAGGUGGAGCAGAAGAGGGCGGAUUCGUCUCCACGCUGGAGGCCGCAAAGCCAAAACCAGACGAGGCAAAGAGGAGGAAGAGCAGCCCCCCCACUCACUUCCCCUACUUCAAAGACGACUUCUGCCCAGCGGAGUGUUCCUGCUACGGGAGAGUCGUCCAGUGCUCGGAUAAAGGUAUCGACCAGAUUCCCUAUGGUAUCCCCUACAACGCUCGCUACGUCCUCCUGAUGAAUAACCGCAUUGGCAGCAUCCAGCUGGACCUGCUCAGCGAAUACGUCUCUAUGGAGUUCCUGGUGUUGAGCAACAACGAGCUCACGGACGGCACCUUAGAAGGCGCGUUCGAGGGAAUCCCGGCCCUAAAGCGCCUCUACUUGGACAGGAACCUCCUAGAAAGUGUGCCGGUCGAUCUUCCCGUCUCUCUCGAGGAGCUUCGUCUGGACAACAACCACCUGAGGCUGAUGUCGGCGGCCGCCUGGGAACGGUGUCCGGGGCUCUCGGUUCUGGACCUCAGCAACAACAGCCUCGGUAACGGAUCUGGAUCUCUUCCAGACGGAGCUCUCUCCGCUCUGCCCAACCUGCGUACCCUGAACCUGGGCCACAACAAGCUAUCCUCGGUACCGUUGGGGCUACCCCUGUCGGUCAAGGUGCUCUACCUGAGAGGGAACCUCAUCGAGACGUUUCGGAGGGGAGUUUUCAACGGGAUAUCGGGGCUGGUGGUUCUGGACCUAAGCGCCAACAGACUGACCAACAAAGGUCUCCUGGGGGAUUCCCUCCUCAACGCAACGCACUUGGAGAGCCUGAACUUGGAGGGAAACCGGCUGAAGCAAGUGCCCCGGCACCUUCCUCCCUCGCUGAAAACCCUCAACCUGGAGGGAAACCUCAUAUCCUCCGUCAAGAAAUCCACCUUCAGCAGCCUGAAGAACAUGGAGCACCUGGGCCUGGCGAGGAACAAGAUCUUCAGGGUGGCACCGGGUGCCUUCCGGACGCUCGCCGUCCUCCACCAGUUGGACCUGGGCCACAACGCGCUCCGCCAGGUGCCCCGGCACCUGCCCCAGGGUUUGCACUCGGUGGACCUGGCCCACAACAGGAUCCGGGCCGUGCCCCGGGAUUCCUUCUGCUGGGGGGAGGAGAGUCUCAGCGGGCUAGUCCGGGUCCAGUUAGAGCACAACCUGAUGGACAUGGGGAACCUGGACACCCGGCCUUUCAGAUGCUUACGGGGAUUCCAGGUGGUGCACUUCCACUGA